UUGAGUUGCUCUGCGCAUAACCUUUGUUGAGCAUUUUGGUGAUAAAUCUGACUCGAAGUUCACAUGAAGUUUGCGUCGCUCGAAAGUCACAGGAGGGGGGAAAGAUGAGUGUCGAUGGCUGCUCACACUUAAGUAGUUUCAAAGCAGCCAAAGGGACCGAACCUUUCCGUUUCAUUCAUUCCUAUUUUAUCGCCUGCACGACAGCUGACACAAGACGACAGAAGGCCAAGUCCUGCCUGUGUCACACAUGUAGGAAGCACUGUGUGCGUCUCCAUGCCUGUCUGUUCUGUGUCUACUUCGGCUGCUACAGUGAUCGACACAUCCAUGACCAUGCCAGGAGCAAGAAACACAACCUUGCCAUUGACAUGGUGUAUGGAGCCAUCUACUGUUUCUCCUGCCAUGACUACGUGUAUGACCGAGAACUGGAGCUGUUGGCUUAUGGACUGGGGCGGAAAUCGGCAUCCUCGCUUGGUCAGUCGGACACAUGCCUGAAAGGGUCACUGACUCCUUGGGACCCAUCAGAAGAGGAAGUUGCACUCCUGAAACUGAACCCCAAACGAAGGAAAGUUGAAGAGAAAUCGACCAUAGGUCUUCGCGGUUUGAUCAAUCUGGGCAAUACCUGCUUCAUGAACUGCAUCGUCCAGGCCCUUACUCACACACCCAUCCUCCGUGACUACUUCCUGUCUGACCAGCACAACUGCCAGACAUCCAGCAACUCCAAGCAGUGCCUCGUCUGUGAGAUGUCACGCCUGUUUCAGGAGUUCUACUCAGGGGUUCGGACACCUCACAUCCCGUAUCGACUGCUGCACUUAGUGUGGACCAAUGCUCGGCAUCUAGCUGGCUAUGAACAACAGGAUGCUCAUGAGUUCCUCAUAGCUGCACUAGAUGUUCUACAUAGACAUUGCAAGGGUACCAAUGGCCUCAACUCUAACAACCCACAUCACUGCAACUGUAUCAUAGACCAAAUCUUCACGGGGGGCCUGCAGUCAGAUGUCACCUGCAAAGAGUGCAAUAACGUUUCCACAACGAUUGACCCUAUAUGGGACAUCUCACUAGACUUGGGCCCAGGGCCCCCUUCCUCUAACAACAACAACUCUCACCUCUCUAUCGAAUCAGGUAUAUCGAGAAGCUACACUAACAGUCCAGGGACCUAUGAACCUACCUCAUUGAUUGAGUGCUUGAAAAGGUUUACAAAACCUGAGCACUUGGGCAGUUCAGCCAAGAUCAAGUGUAGCAAGUGUCACAGCUACCAGGAGUCCACCAAACAGUUGACAAUGAAGAAACUGCCGGUGGUGGCAUGCUUCCAUCUGAAGAGAUUUGAGCAUUCCACAGGCUACCAUAAGAAGAUCUCAACAUUUGUAUCAUUCCCAGAAGAACUAGACAUGACACCCUUCAUGUCUUCUUCGAGAAACAACAACAAUGGCUACUCAAAUCAAAUUGUGCAGGUCUCUGCCAAAGGUCUUUCAUGUGAAAACAAAUACUCUUUGUUCUCUGUGGUGAAUCACAGUGGUACCAUAGAAACCGGUCACUACACAUGCUACAUCCGCCUCCACAAGGACCAGUGGUUCAAGUGUGAAGAUCACAUGAUCACAAAGGCAUCACCAGAAGAAGUUCUCAAUAGUGAAGGGUACCUUUUGUUCUACCACAAGCAGAUCCUGGAGUAUGAAUGACAUACGUGGCUCUUAGGAAAUGUUUAAUUUGUCAAUUACUUGCUCAACUGUUGUAAUUCAGGUGAAAUCAAACGGAUGCACUACACCUUGCCUGUCGCUGCCUCAUCAUUUUGCCAAGCCAUGAUUAACCCUCAUCCAAUAACCUUGAGCUGUACCUUGGGUGGCACCUUGGGUUACACUUUGGUUUGUACCGGCCCAGCAAUGUGACAUGACUGUAAAGCCAGUCUACCGGUGGAACACACUCUAUAUGGUUGAUAGCUGGUAUAGCAAGUUGGUGAUAUUACAGACAUAUAUUGCCAUAAUUACCACUCACUUCUUGCUGUUGGCAAUGACAAUUAAAACACUGCGUUUAAAAAGUCACAAUGGGUAAAGGGUUACCGUGCUGAUGUACAACCACAAUCACUCUGCCCCACCCUAGUAUUCCACCCUGUGUUGAGCUGCAUCUGUAUCAGACAAGUCUGAUAUACGGGUACUCAGAUGAACGGCCAACACCACACAGCAGCCAUCUACCUUGAUGGCCUGGCAUCAGUGGGAGAGAGCCUGCAAGGGUAUUAUGUGAAUGCUGUAUAGAUUAGCUAAUCAAGCCACGAGGAGUGUCGGCUAUCAUCUGUACAUAUCAUGAGAGUACUUCUACUUCAGUGUGAACAAUACAUGUGUAUUGUCAAGUAGCUGUUUUACUAUGCCAAAGAUUAUUUUGUUACUUUAUGUUGUGAUACGCUUCUUGCCUGAAUGUGAAGCUAGGUUGGAGCUGUCAAAUCGGCACCUUGACUUGUGCUGAAGUCUUUCAGUCAGUUUCUAGAUUUACAACAUCCUUCUCAUUAAGUCGACAACAGUGACUGUAAAGUAGUGCUUCUUGGUAGAUCAACAAACUAAAUCAAAAACAAGUGCUGCCCUUUGAUUGAUUCUGAGUUGGUCUGUUUUGUUGAAUUGUAACAUACUAUUUAUAGUCCUUUGAAUGUCAUUUGGGAAAAUUAAUUACUACUUAACUAUAACACUGCCAUUCUCACCUGGUGUGAGUUUUUUAAGUAUUUAUCAAAACAAUUCUUUUGAUUGGUAACAUUGUGAGGUGUGGAAAUUGCGUUUCUUUAACACACAGCAUAGCUUUAGAAUUAAAGCGAUAUACCAAGUUCAUUAAUUACAUGCUUUGUAGUGGUUUCGGUUUUUAUUUAUGGUCAAGUUUAAAUAUCAAGAUGGAGGGUGAUUGUUAUAUUAUGGUCCUGAUUCUUGUUCCUAUGUAAUAACGAGUUCAAUUGUUGCAUUGUUGUUUUCAAAGCACCUUUGAUGUUUAUUGCUCUUGCACCUGGUCUUGUUUAGUUUUCUGAUCUUUACAUGGUAUUUCUUGGUUAUCAUUUUUCAAUUUACCUUUAAGAUUAAAAAUUCUGUCAGAUGGAAACAGUAGAAACAGCUAGUAAUAAAUGAUGCAUGUGACAACAUAAUGGUUAACAGCUCCAAAUAUUUAGAAAUCCUAAGUAAUCUAGAUAUGAGGUCACACAGAAAAAUUAUAAAAAAGAAAUCAAAAAUAAUUUUGGUCACAAUUAGUUUAUUUAAUUUAUCAAAGAGGGAAUGAUGGGAUGUUUUAACAAUAUAAGUCAGAAUGUUCUCUAUUUGACAUUUUGUGAUGUCAUUUAGAAACAUUUUUAAAGAGUUAUUAUAUAAGUUCCUUUGAUUUAAUUAGAUAAGUACUUGUACAAUAUUAGACUGUACCUUUCUGAUUUUUUUAUUAUUGGAAUAAUUUCCUGUUUUGGGGUGAUACUUAAUAAGGUUCCAAUAACUUGAUUCAUUUUGACAAACUAUCUUAUCAAGCUGUUAACAGAAUUAAGAACUUAAUCCAGAGUCAUUUAAUAUCAAUUUCACCAACUUUUCCUGUCCACUCCCCCCAAAUAAGCAUAAAAAAGUGCAUAUGGCUUUUUGUAUUUUCUAAUGGAUGUUAGAUCAUUUAGAGCUGAUUUGGUUGAUUGUUAUCAGAAUGUUAAGUUUCUCACACCUGACAGAGAUUUAAUGUUCUUGUGUGUUCGAAAAGACAAAUCCACCCCUUACUCUGAUCCAUCAUUUAGCAUUAAGAUCCUUAUUCAUGCAUUUGGGAUGAUUUGUUUGUAAGCUUUAUACUUGUUAAACCUCUGCCAUGACACAAGAUCUCUUAUGGGUUUCAGUAUUUUGACAGAAUAUCAUUGAUCAUGUCGAAGACAAUACAAACUUUGUGCUAAAAUAUCCAGAUAUCACAACCACUUUGUCUUGAGAGGAUGUCAGUUAUUUUUUAUUGAAACUUUAGGGUAUGGACAAUAGGUGUCACAGUUCAGUGUCAGUGAAACGAUAUGUGUGUCCAUAAUAUAUUGUUCACUGUUUAUCUUCCUCUAUCAAUACACAAUUCUUAGAGUUAACCAUAAAUGUCAAUACAGUCUUUUCUGUGAUGGUUCAACAGGACUGCACAGAUGCACAAUGCUAUGCUCAGAUGUACACUAGGUUAUUCAGAAUCUUUUAAGUCUGUGGAUAAGUUGGGGGACGUUUGCCAUGUAUUUUAUUACCUUGUUUACCAAUUCAUUGACAAUGUGUCAAAACAAAUUCAACAGGGUGUCGUCAGAACCCUCUAUAUUCCUCCAGGCAAUUAUGUACAGUUAACCAGAUUAACCAGCUUAUCCAGAUUGUAUUGAUGCAGUGGUAUCUGCUAGAUUAACCAAUUGCUGCAUUAAGAAAGUUUUCCAGAUUUACAAAAGGGCUAUGAGAUCUGCAUCAAUUUGGGCUUUCUUCCCACAUAAAGCUGACACGCAAGGAUAUAACUGGAAUACUGUAAAAAACGGUGUUAAACCUAAUUCGCUCACUCACUAGAUUAACGAAACAUUGUUAUGUAAUAAGUUUGCUUCAUUACAAAAUUAAGUUUGCCAUCAAUAAUCCCCCACAGGUUGUCGGAGUAAAAGGGUGUCAUCGCAUAAGGUAAGUGUUGUUAGACCUUGCCAAUUUCUGCCAAAGGGACUCAAUGCUUCUAACAAAUGACAACCAAGUUUUGUUUGUCAACCCAAAUGAUACGAUGGUGUGUUCUGUAAUCUGUAUCUUUAUCAGUGUUUUACCAGCCACCACUUAUGUCUGUCAGGGAGCUAGACCAUAGGGAAAGGUUUUGUACUGUAGGAACCAGCUAUACAGUAUACCUCAGUGUAAGAAAUGGUUUAAUACCAAACAUGACAGCGAAUUGCAAGUAUUAGUGAUAAUACUUAUAUUAAUUGCCUUUUUGUACAUUUAUUAUAUUUUCUUCCUAUCCUCUAGAAAGCUGUGAUAUGUUGCAAGAAAGUUUUGCAAAGUAUGUUUACUAAACUGCAUUGUCUUGAGCUUACAGAUAAUGCUUCCGGGACACUUUGCGUUCUGACAAAGAAAUUAUGUUUUGACAGUUCACAAAUUAAGUAUUUGUUGAACACUCAAAAGGUUAGGGAAACAAGAUUAAUACAGCAAUUUUGAACAUGGUUAAAGGGUUAAAGGGCUUCUUUAACUCAUGUUCUGGCCUUAGUGCUCAAGUACAUCUUAUGACUUAAGUCUGACUUACAAAGAUUAUUUUAGAAAAAUGUCCUCCUUGUUUUGUGAUGAUGUUCAUUCAAACUUUUUGAUCGUAUUUGUAUUUGAAAUGCGUUUUCCAUGUUUCAACAUGUUGUAAAUUUGAAUUUCAAUUUAACCAAAAAUGGCCCUUAUACCUUGUCCUUCAAAAACUGCAUGGUUUGGCAAUGUUGACCCCGAUGUUAUAAACAUGAGAAAUGAUAGAAACUAAUCUUUGAAUGGUCAUUUUGUUUUCAGGAUGCACAGAUAAGUAUGAAUGUUUAAUUAUGUGUUAAAGCUAAGUUUGCAUAUGCAUUGAAUUUGAAAAUGCUUUAAAGUUUUUGUAAUUGAUUAUUUUUUUGCUGUCUUGUUGGUAGAGAUGUCAGCCAUAAGGCUGGUUUGCCAUUCUUCACUGUGUAUUGUGUACAGUAAUUUUUAGUUUCCAUGAUCAUUUGCCAAUGUUGUGUCAAAUAUAGUCUAGAUAACUUGUUUGUGGAUAAGUUGGCAGUGUGGUGUAAACUUUGGUUCAAAUGCUGCAGGUAAGGGUCUACCAAUCUCUCGGAAUUUGAUAUUUGUAUAUGUGCCUGGCAACAAUAAUUCUGUUAUGUGUAUUGUAAAGGGGAAAGACAAUAUUACCAGUAUAUAUAGUAGUGUUAUUACUGGUUGUUAAAAUAGAGCAAACAUUAUUUAAGUUUCCUUUAAAUGACAGAUUCCUCCUUAAAGUAAGAUUAAAAUCAUUUUGGCCUUCUUCACACAUCAAGCUGGCACACCCUGAUACAAUUGAAAUAUUUUAAAAAAAAACAUUAAAUCAAACCUGCUCUUCAUUUAUGUUGCUAAAUUAAAACAUGAAUUCACAAAAAAAUGAAAGUUGAUUCUGAUGAAUAAUUAAUUUGAGACCCUAUUACAAUUGUUUAAAGGAAAUUAGAUUUCUGUAUUAUGUGAUAACUGUCCAGAAGAAUAUAGUGAGGACUGACAUUUAAUCUGGAUCACUGUAACCUUGACUAAAAUCCUGGGGUGGAAGUGGUAGCAGAUGCUCAAGUAAUAUACAGACAGAGCUACUUUUUGAGUAUGAAAGAAUAACCGGGUACUGAACCAAGUAGAUUACAUUUCUUUACCAGAAGGGAAAUCAUCCUUUGAUUGUUCGUGACAUUUGACCACACAGAUGACAUGCAUCAAUACAAUGGCUCACCUUUGACAUAAAUAUAUGAAUUGUGGUUUUGGUUCCUAUUACACUCAAUUUCAGAACAUGGGUAGGUAGGUAGCCUUGUUUUUUUGGCUCACCUGACUAAAAGUCAAGCAAGCGCAAGUCAUGGCCAGCUCGUCCCGCUUCAUUGUUGUCAGCAGCUGUAAACAUCUCAAACCACUGGAUCAAUGAAGCUGAAAAUUCACAUGCUUAUUCCUUCCAAAGGUGCCACCUUACUUUCUUGAAGGGGUUUGAAUCCAAUUUUCAAUAUGGCCGCCCUAGCAGCCAUAUUGAAGCUUUUUAUGGCCAUUUUGCAUUAUUUGAAUUGUUUAAUAGUAUAUCCACCUGAAUUUCUCUCAAAAUACAUUUUUGGCCCUGCAGACAUUACUGAAAUUGCACACUGCGGAUACGGAACCAGGAAACCUUUUUUUGAAAUUUAGUUACUUGUUUCAUAUUUGUUAAUACAUUUUCCCUCUGUAUUUAUGCAGACAAUUUGACAGCAACCUUUAUGUUGUUGUCUUUUUAACAUCUAAAACUGUUGACUACAUGUCAAGGUGAGCUACAGUGCCGUGGCAUUAUUUAAAAAGAAUAACGCACCUAUGUUGGUGCUGUGUGCCCCUUCAUCUGUAUCAAAGAGUGGCGAACAUAGGUGGCCAAGGCAUGCAAAGUUGAGCCAGAAUCCUACAAUACUGGGUUCGAAUCCCAGGAUUGCCCUGAUUAUCAUACUUUGUUUGUCAGCACUAUACCCUUGCUCGUAGGUUUCACCAAAGUGGUAAAUGUCUUUGAUCUGCAUCACUUCAAACUUUUCAUCCACAUCAAGUUUAAAUGAAAUACUGUUCAAGUGAUUAGCACUGAAAAUGAAAGAGGGUUGGCACCUUAAUUUAGGCUCAGUUGGGUAAUUGCAACCACAUCACUUUCUUUAAAUCCCCAACUGAAAUACUGUCCAGAGAGUCAUUAAUCAAACUUACACAUUACCCAGAGACUGUUUUUCAAACAGUUUAUGGUUUCUCUCACAUGUUGUAUUGUGGAUCAGAACUCAUGAGUCUUAUCAUCACUUGUAAGUGUAGUGAGCCUAUUGGUAACACUGUGAGAAACUUGCUUUAUAGACCAUGAUUUUUUUUGUCAAUGCUUAAGUAAUUGUCAAAGAUGUACAUCACAAACAAACAUUCCUUAAUAUUCCUCUGUAUUGCUUGUAAAUUCUGCAAGUUGACACCAGCUAAGGCCAUCUGUACUUUUCUCUGUUUCUCAUCUACUGAUCCCAAAUUACUUUUAUUAAAUUAUUUUUAUAUGAAUUUCCUGUCAGUGCUAUGUUAUUGUAGGAGGUUUUGAAAGAAAGGAAGGAGCUCAACCAAUUUACAUCUUUUAAGCCCGUUGAACAUCUGGGUCAGAAUAGGUCUUCAGCAAACCCAGGCUUUCCGUAAGAGGUGACUGACAGGAUCGGGCGGUCAAGCUCGCUGACUUGGUCCUUGCAUGUCAUCGUAUCCCAGUUGCAUGGAUUGAUGUUCAUGAUAUCAAUCACUGGAUUGUCUGGUCAACUAUUUAGGCUGCUGUCAUAUAGCUCAAAUAUUGCUGAGUGUGGCAUUAAAUCACAAACAAAAACAUCUUAUUUCAUCUUUUAAAACCAAUGGUAGUUUUUUGGAGGAUUUAAAAAAUACAAUUGGUAAGUUUUUUCCAACUGACCACUGCUCCAUCUGAAGCUGAUCGUGGAAAUGGGAAACAAAAAAUAAUAUGGAUGGCCUAAUGUCCAGUUGUUAUGUUGUGCACAGGUCUUCUUCAGGGUAUUAAAGUUCCUCCUCACAUGUGUACUCCUUGCAAGAUCCUUAUUGAAUGUUGGUACUUUGGAGUAGUUUUUUAUAUAACAUCAUCUGAAUCACAUUUCAGCUCCCAAUGGAUGAUUAAAUAGGGCAUUCGUAUUUCUUAACUCUCAACAUGUAUUUUCUCGCAAAACUGUUGGCAUUAUCUGAAUCUGAUAUAUUGUGUUCAUGUGACAAAGUGUGAGUAUCUGAGUAAACAUAUUAGACUGUGUAGACCAGUUAAAUGAAUGAUCUCAAUAUUGGCAGUGAGAUAUUAUAUUAACCCUGUGUAAUUGAGAUGGAUAGUGACAUAUUUGACACAUUAAGUGCUAGCUACAACUGUGAGACUUUGUAUAUUUCUGCUUGUGAGUGUUGACAUGGAGCCUACAUGUCCUUUACAUGGAUGUUAAGUCCAUAUUUUACUGUAUCUUGUUUGUUGGUGCUACUGUCGGGACCCUUCAGGCUCACUUUGUUAUGUAUAAUGAUAGAAUGCUUGUUCAGUUGACAGGGCAGAUAACUCCAGUUGCAGGAGACAUUUUCUGAUCAAACUCUUUAUCUCCAUAACCUUUAUAGUGGGUUGGCCUUAUGGUCCAGCUACCACAAUAGUGAAGGGUUGCAUCCCUUUGCAGGAUCCGUUGAUUGUGGGUUCAAGUCCUAGAUUUUUCUGGAUAAUGAUCCAUGUUUGUCGGCACCAUAGCCAUCAUAGCCAUCAUUUUGAGAGGCCCUGGGUACUUAUUACAUUGAAUAUGGUAUUUGCAUUUGUACUACUUUUGUUCUUACAGAAAUAACAUUAAUUCAUAAGAAGUUAAGGUAAGCUUCAGUUAAGACUGAACACCCCAUGUUGAUGUGCCAGGCUGCCACACAGCCUCUCCCUGUAGUUUCCCCAGUGACAACUAGUCCCCAGUUAAUAAUGCUUGUAUGGAAGCCGACUGAAAUAAGGAUUGGCAGGCUGCAAUCUGCUGCCUCAUUGUCCUACCCUUUUGCUGUGGAUCCCUGCUCUGGUCUGAUGCUAGUCAUCAAUUCCUCAAGAGCAUGACACCUGACCCUCAUUAUUGUAAUGGAUAAGCAUCAAUGAUUGCACUGAUAAGUACCAAAUGAUAUCUGUCCUGUUGACUGAGCUGAAGAUUGCUAAUGUUUGUAGCUCAAGUCAGUUUGAGUUGUGUGUGUUAAGUUAUACCAGUCCUAGUGUUAAGUUUGAUCAUGGUUCCAAUGAAAUGUAAUUGUUGAUUUGUACUGGAUGUAUAUUCAGAUCUGAGAAGUCUUCUACCCCUGAAGUGCUGACUUUGACUGCUGAUUACUAUACUAUUGCACAGAGUGCAAGUUCAAGUCGUAUAUUUAUCAUUGAUACUUGCUACUGAUUUUCAGAAUUAUACAUAUUGAUUGUUGCGAGAGUUUUGUAUGUAAAAAUGUGUAUGUGUAUGUGUUAUGCUGAAUGGAAUGAUAUUACAAACAUCAAAUGAAA